CAUCUCUUAUUCUCGUUUGCUUUUGAAUUUGAAACUCUUCACAUAAUAAUACUUUCAAAUCCGCGUUUCGAUCUCAAAUCUUUUUUUAUCCGAUAAUUAUGGCGGAGGAAAUCAAGAACGUUCCUGAGCAGGAGGUGCCAAAGGUAGCAUCAUCGGCUGAGGUUACAGAUCGUGGAUUGUUCGAUUUCUUGGGAAAGAAGAAGGACGAAACAAAACCCGAGGAAACGACAAUCGAUUCAGAGUUUGAGCAGAAGGUUCAUAUUUCGGAGCCGGAGCCGGCGCCGGAGGUUAAACACGAAAGUCUCCUUGAGAAGCUUCACCGAAGCGACAGUUCUUCUAGCUCCUCAAGUGAGGAAGAAGGUGAAGAUGGUGAGAAGAGGAAGAAGAAGAAGGAGAAGAAGAAGCCAGUUGCUGAAGUAGAGGUGAAAACAGAGGAAGAGAAGAAAGGGUUUAUGGAGAAGUUGAAGGAGAAGCUUCCAGGACAUGGUAAGAAGCCGGAAGAUGGUUCAGCCGUCGCUGCGGCACCGGUGGUUGUUCCUCCUCCGGUGGAGGAAGCGCAUCCGGCGGAGAAGAAAGGGAUUCUUGAGAAGAUUAAGGAGAAGCUUCCAGGAUACCACCCCAAGACCACCUUUGAUUCACCGGAGAAGAUGGAGGCAGGCGAAGCGAAAAGCAAGAAGGCAGGAGGGUCUCGUCUCUGCUGUAUCUGCAACCAGAGACGACCCGUCCUCAAACGACCGAAAACCCUUCAACAGAUAUGCAGAGAGUGUUUCUAUGAGGUUUUUGAGGAAGAGAUUCACCAAGUCAUUGUCGGGAAUCGUUUAUUUAAGUCCGGUGAGCGAGUUGCUAUAGGUGCUUCCGGUGGAAAAGAUUCGACAGUGCUGGCAUAUGUAUUAUCAGAACUAAAUAGACGUCACAAUUACGGGCUGGAUCUUUUUCUUUUGUCUAUUGAUGAAGGGAUAACGGGUUAUCGUGAUGAUUCUCUCGAGACUGUUAAAAGGAACGAAGUUCAAUAUGGGUUGCCUCUGCAGAUUGUUUCGUAUAAAGAUCUGUAUGGGUGGACAAUGGACGAGAUUGUGAAGAUGAUCGGUUUGAAGAACAAUUGCACCUUUUGUGGUGUAUUCCGUCGACAGGCACUUGAUCGAGGAGCUGCAUUAUUGAAAGUAGAUAAGCUAGUCACUGGACAUAAUGCAGAUGAUAUAGCGGAAACAGUUCUCUUAAACAUACUGCGAGGGGAUAUUGCUAGAUUGAGUAGGUGCACAUCAAUCACUACUGGCGAAGAUGGUCCAAUUCCAAGAUGCAUAUACUCUCCUAAUGCUUAUCGUGGGUUUGCUCGUGAGUUCAUUAAAGACUUGGAACGACUAAGGCCAAGGGCUAUUCUGGAUAUCAUCAAAUCUGGUGAAGACUUCAGAAUUGCGACAACCACAAAAAUGCCUGAGCAAGGGACGUGUGAGAGAUGUGGGUAUAUUUCUAGCCAGAAAUGGUGCAAAGCUUGUGUUUUGUUGGAGGGAUUGAACCGUGGUUUGCCUAAGAUGGGCAUUGGAAGACCACGAGGAAGCGGAAAUGAUCAGAAGGACACAAAGGCUAGGUCUACUGCAAAAUCUAUAGAGAGUAAACAAUGCGGAUCUCUGGAUUUCUAAACUAAAAGAAAAAUGCCAAAGCUUAUGAGACUGCAAUGGAUGAUAUGACAAUUUCCAAACUGGUACUGUAUAGAAGCUGUUAUACAUACCCAUUGUUAUAGAAUUUGUCCUACUAGAUAAUUCUUAGUUUUGCCUCUAUGGCACAGAAGUUUUUGCAGCUGGUUUCCUGGUUUAGUGGUCCUGGUUGGUGAUUCUUGAACCAGCAGUAUUACACCAUCAAUGACCUCAACUACUAGCUGAUCAACCUAACUCAUUUCAAGUCAACGUGGUUUUCAUGGGUAAUAAUUGACGUUUAUUUUA